AUGUCUUCGACUCUUAGACCGCUGUUGACGAUGGACCUCGCAACCGCUCCAGACAAUAUCCCGGAGUUGAAGAAACUACUGAAGUCUUUCCAGGAUGCGCUCCGAAGACUUUAUACAGAACAUUCCUGCUGCGAAACGAAGCAAAGGGAGAUGACAUCGAUGCUUGACACCAGCAAUCGAUCCCUCCAGAAGGCUGAAACAGAGAUCAAGAGCAUGCGAGACGAAAUUGCAAAGAUGAGCAUGGCCCAAGAGGCUAUAGAGGAGUCUGAGAUGAACGCGACUAAGUUCAUGUUGGAGCAAGGAGUCCCGAUGGGUGUGAUGGUUUCUUCGCCUACUUCUACUCCAAAUAGCCAUGGGCCGGCUGUUGGACUCUCUGCGGCAGCGUUUGGAUCACUGAGUGACAAUUCUGCAUUCAGCAGGCCUCCUAUGCCCAUGCCUGAUACGGCUAAUGCUGGAGCUCCGGCUUCUGCCAUCAUUGGCAGCCUUACUAAGAUGGGCUCUUUAGUAGGCUCUUUAUCGGGUCGAUCGAGCUUCAGUGGUGGCAUCCCCAUGCCACAAUCCAAUGCAGUACAGCAGAAUCCGUUUGCGCCACCAGGUUCUCUUACUAGCAGACCAGCCUUUGGGUCAAUGGUCCCAACGUCCAACUCUAGCAUGACUUCUCCUGUAACCGAAGGCUUUGUCUCGGGGUCACUGACCCUUAAGAGUAGGCAAAGUACUAUGCCGUCGAACAUGCAAGCUGCUGCUCCGCAGGCAAUGUGCCCUAUGCAUGUUGCAGGCGGUCGACACGCCGAUGUUGAGGGAAGUGAGGACAGUGACACACCUCGUGUGCGCAUCAAACACUCCCGCGACGACUAA